AUGGAGAUAAAGGAAUGGAGAGACUUAGUAGAUGAUGAGGUCAGUGCCAUGAUCCGAAAUGGAACUUGGUUUGAGAGUGAGCUUUCCAAAGGCAAGAAGGCUGUCACAAGCAUGUUACUAUUCACUAUCAACCAGCAAGGAAUCAUUGUCAUUCUCAUCUAUGUUGAUGACAUUAUCCACACGGGCAGUGACAAAGAAGAGAUCAUCUCGACCAAAGCGUUCCUUAAGGCUACAUUUGAUAUCAAGGACUUGGGAGAGCUCAAAUACUUACUAGGGAUCGAGAUGUGUAGGUCUAAGGAAGGGUUGUUUCUAUCUCAAAGGAAAUACACCCUUGACUUACUAAAUGAGGCUGGAGAUCUUGGUGGAAGAGCUGCCAAAACACCUCUAGAGGAAGGAUACAAAGUGAUGCGUAAGGGGGAGACUGAAGACAAGUCAUAUGAAGAUGUAAAGCACUAUAGGAGAAUGGUGGGAAAACUCAUCUAUCUUACCAUUACCCGACCAGAUGUAUGCUUUGCAGUAAACCAAGAGAUCGAGUUGAUAUGA